AUGGGAUUCAUUCUAUUUUUUACAUAUAACCGAAGAGGGAUAUAUUUUUGAGCAAGAACAUGCAUUUUUCCCGCUUUAUCCCUUGUUGACUAGAGGACUGGGAAAUUCAUUUUUACCAAUUUUGGGUCAUUCUCUAACUUACAAGCAAAUACUAAUAUUCUCAGGAGUUUUGAUUUCUAACGUUUCAUUUGUACUGGCAUCGAUAAAUUUAUAUAGUCUCAGAUUGUUUAAUGAUGAAAAAUUUGCAUUUAUUACAUCAAUGUUCUACAUAAUAACACCAUCAUGUAUGUUUAUGUCUGCAAUGUACACAGAAAGUUUGUUUGCAUUUCUGAGUUUUCUUGGAAUGAGAUUAUUUGCAGAGAAAAAGUACUGGAAGUCAGCAGUAGUAUGGUUAUUGGCUUCUUCUACAAGGUCGAAUGGAAUCGUUUAUAUAGGAUUUUUUUUCUAUGAACUGCUGAUCCGAGAAAUGGUAGAGAUGAAUUUUAUGCUGUUAAUGAAGAGAUUGAUGAAGGCAACAUUAUUGUCUAUAAUUACCGCAUCGGGCUUCUUCGCUUUUCAACUAUAUGGGUAUGAUGAAUAUUGUAUUCUAUUAGCACCAAUAAGACCGUGGUGUUAUUCAGAACUACCAAUUUUAUACCCUUUUGUACAGAAGCACUAUUGGAAUUGUGGAUUUCUGAGGUAUUAUGAGGUCAAACAGAUUCCAAACUUUUUACUUGCGUCUCCAAUGAUAGCGCUAUCGUUGUUUGGAAUAUACAAAUAUGCUAAUUACGACUAUAAAAGAGUAUUAAGUCUUGGGUUAACGCAAACUCGGUCUCUGAAAUCAGACACGGGGACAUCACACAUAAUAUCAUCAAAAACUUCACUUAAUGAAGAAAACAUAAGAUCUUCUCAAUAUCAGUCCACUUCGUCAUAUUUUUCAAAUGUCAUAUUACCAUUCAUUUAUCUUUGGACUGCACUACUUUUGUACGCAAUAACAUCAAUGCAUAUCCAAGUGAUCACCAGAUUUUUUUCAUCGCAACCAACAGUAUAUUGGUUCGCAAGCUACUUAUUUAUUAAUUCUUUGGAAAAGGAUGGUGAUCGAAGCAUUAAUUAUUCGUCCAUGAAGGAUUACCAUCACGAUAAAAUUGGGAAUGAAACACGUUUGAAGGAGGGAUACAAACCAGAUAAUGGAGCGGUGAAUAUGGAGAAUGACAGAAUGUACCCGGACGAAGGACAUGACAGAGAAUGCUCGAAUGAAGAUUCUAAAAUAAAGGAUGAGAAAAAGGACAAUGAGCGAUUCGAAUUAGGACAUAUUGUGAUAUCAUAUUUUAUAUUGUACGGGGUUAGCGGAAUAAUUUUAUUUGCAGCGUUCUUUCCACCAGCUUAA